UGUGUUGCUAUUUUGUUUGAGUAAUCUAGCUGCUGACACGAUGACUGUUGGAUCUUGGGAGUGUACGAUUAUCAAAUUGGGAGAUGCAGCAUACCACGAUAUCCUGGCUUCGGCUGGGCUUGAAAUAACCCUUUUGCUGUCCUCCGCUCUUUGCAUCAGUGGCUUCUUAGAUUCGAGCGAAUGCAUUUGUGUAGCUGAAAUGUGUGUCUACGUGAAAGAACACGUGGAGAGAGUUGUAUUGGCAUUCGCAUCAAGCGUUUUGCGCAUUUUUCGAAUUUUGGCCCCCUUCCAAGGACCUUGAUUUUUACCCGCUGGCACUGACGUCUUUUAAUUGGUCAGCCGGUUAGCGCGGUCGAUGCAAAUAAUAAAAACACACACACGAGAUACACACAACAAUAAAGACAGACACAGAGGAGAGAGUACAUGUGCCGCUGCAGACCCGAACAGCUCUACGCAGAGGCGCACCAUGCCAUGUGCGGAAGGUGACCUGUGCCGCAUACCGAACAGGACGCUUCAAGCCCCUAAUGGCCACAUCUGCCGGGGACGAUGCGGCGGGCGGCUACAUGGCGAAUGUGGAAGCAUGUUUGACGACAGCGAGCUGAACCGCAUCUGCAGUACGUGCGUAGCCAACACUGGCAAGCGCAAAGCGAGAGCAGCAGAGGGUGCUGGGAAGGGGCAAUCUAAACGCCCGAAAGCACAAGAGGGGAGUAAGAACGAAGCUCGCAAGCGGCUGGACGUACACCAGAAGNAGCUGGUGGAUGCGAAGCUCUCUCAAGGAGAGAUAGCAGACCGCUUCGGGCGCUCGGAACGGUUGAUCCGCAAAGUGAAGGCCGAGCGGGAGAAGGUGGAGAACGACGAAGAGGACGACGAAGCGGCGGGGGGUAGCGACGAUAAAAACGCGGGCCGCGGGCGGCGUGCCCCACCGGAGGGUGCUGGGAAGGGGCCAUCUAAACGCCCGAAGGCACAAGGGGGGAGUAAGAACGAAGCUCGUAAGCGGCUGGACGUACACCAGAAGGUCGAGAUCCUCGAGCUGGUGGAUGCGAAGCUCUCUCAAGGAGAGAUAGCAGACCGCUUCGGGCGCUCGGAACGGUUGAUCCGCAAAGUGAAGGCCGAGCGGGAGAAGGUGGAGAACGACGAAGAGGACGACGAAGCGGCGGGGGGUAGCGACGAUAAAAACGCGGGCCGCGGGCGGCGUGCCCCACCGGGUUACGUUGAACUGUCGUCUCACUUCGGGUACCUAGAGGCGGCAGCGGAGGAGAGUGGCAACGGAGACGCGGUGUGCCACCUGUCGAAAGCGAGGAUGGCGAUGAUCGCAGCGCACACCGCAAAGCGGGCUCGCCAGGCAGACAUGCGGGAAUUUAUCGCGACGUAGUGAGGGCGGGGGCGGCUGUUUGAUUUCUUGCAUGUCCCGUUCUUGCGGUCGUGUUUACAUUUUUCUUGUUCUGGCUACAUCGAAGGAGGGUGAGGAGGAGACAGAUUUAGCUUCCUCCUUCACCAAUAGGUUGUGCCAGCAGGAGCUUCGCAAAAGUGUUACCCCCAAAAAUCCAUGAGCUUCAUGAUCAGUGGUUUGCUUUCGCUGUCGAGGAAUGAUGUUGAGGUUGCGCGAAAUGGUUUGAUCCGUUUAUGGCCAGUGCCACGGCAUUCUUGCCAACAAAAUAUUGGGCAUCGAUGAGGUGCAUCCUUCGCGAUGUUCAUGUGAAGGGUUCAAAUCAGGUUGUGCAAGUGUGCAGUACGUGCGCUGAGGUGGGUGCAGCAACAAGGCGCAGCAUGUGUGUCCCGUCCACUUAGCUUAUUAAGCAAAAUAUGUGUGUUCGACAGGGCGG